CAAAUGCAGCUAACAGCUCAUCGGCUCAUUCAGUCCUGUAAAACCAGGUGGAACUCUGUACAUGAAAUGUUUGGCAGACUCGUAGAACAGCGAUGGGCCGUGUGUGCUGUACUAUCAGACCGCUCAGAGACCAAGCUUACAGAUGCGAGGACGCUGGAGUUGAGAGACAACUUCUGGCAGCUGAUGGAGGACAUGGCGCCAGCACUGGAGGCUCUCAAAUGUGCAACUACUGUAAUGUCUGCAGAUACUGAAGUAUCCAUAUCCAACACGUACCCCAUCACAUUCAGUCUGAUCAACACGCAUCUCAAGACGGCAGAUGGAGACAGCAGCAGAGUGGCGGAAUACAAAUCUAAAGUGCGCACUUCGUUGAGUGAACGGAUGAAGGUUGAGUCUGAAGACCUCACAUCAACAACACCAAUGAUAGCAACGAUGCUGGACCCUCGGCAUAAGCACCUGGGAUUUCUGAUCCCAGCAAGCAGGAUCUCAGCUCAUUCCAAACUGCUUGAACUGGCUAUGGCAGAACAUGUGGGCUCCACAUCAACAAAUGAAGCCACCACUGGAGAUGAUGUGCCAGUCCAGGGAGCUGUACUUCAGAGACACACUUCUGCUAUGACUUUUCUACUGGGUGAAAACUAUACCACCAGCAGCAACUAUGACAUAGAAAAGGAAGUGGACAUGUUUCUGAAGGAUCCCUCACCACUCCUUGAUUCCAGUCCCACAGAAUGGUGGAAAGUCAAUGAAGGAAGAUUUCCGAGGCUGGCAAAUGUGGCACGAUGAUAUCUGUGCAUACCGGGCACGUCUGUCCCAUCUGAACGUGUAUUCUCAGCAGCUGGCCUCACUGUAAACAGGCUGCGCACACGACUUACUCCUGACCAUGUUAAUAUGCUUAUUUUCUUGAACAAAAAUAUAGGGGUCUAGGUCAGGAGCCUAUUCAAAACACAUUGAGACAGGAAUGUUUUUGAUUCAGGAGAGGUAGCCUAUAUCUUAAUUUGACUGUUCCAAGUCACGCCCUCUAAUUUUACUGUCACCUUCCUCAGGGAUGAUUUAAGUUGUUCAGUUCUAUGUUUAAAUCGCAAGAGGUC